AUGUCAUUAACAUCAGCCUCAUCUUCAUCAGAUGAGUCUGAUGAUAAUAAUAUGUUGUUUGACAUAUUGAUUAAUCUUCCAUCGCCGAGACGAUUUCGGGUUCGGUCAAAUCCUCUCGAAGAUUAUGAUGAUUUUGACUUUAAAAUUCGCUUUAGAUUAUCCAAAGAAACUUUCAUGAUACUUUUGCACAUGAUUGGAGAAAAUAUUGAACAUAAAACUCUGAGAAAUUUCUCCCUAUCAGCUGAAGUGCAGAUUUUAAUUGCUCUCCGUUAUUAUGCUACGGGAACAUUUCAAGCUGUUUUGGGUGAUCAUAUCCAUGUACACAAAGCUACUGUUUGUAGAAUUGUCAAACGUGUUUCUUUACAAAUUGCACAGUUACGACCACAAUAUAUUCAAUUUCCUAACAAUACUGUCCAACUUCAACAAAUCCAAGCAAGAUUUUAUAAAUUACAUGGGUUUCCUAGAGUUAUCGGCGCUAUUGAUUGUACGCAUAUAAGAAUACAAUCACCUAAAAAUGAUAUUGGAGAGAAGUUCCGCAACCGUAAAGGAUAUUUCUCAUUAAAUAUUCAAGCCAUAUGUGAUAGCCAAUUAAAAAUUAUGAAUAUUGUAGCUAGAUGGCCUGGAUCUGUUCAUGACAGCACUAUAUUUGAUAACAGUUUUAUACGUGCGAAAUUUGAAAACAAUGAAUUCGGAAAUAAGUUUUUACUUGGAGAUGGUGGUUAUCCAUGUAGAAGUUAUCUCCUGACCCCUCUUUUGAACCCAAGAACUGAUGCUGAACGGAAAUAUCAAAAGGCUCAAAUUGGCACAAGAAACGUUGUUGAACGUUUAUUUGGAGUUUGGAAGAGAAGAUUUCCUGUACUAGCCAUAGGAAUUCGCACAAAAUUGAGUACUACCAUGAACACUAUAGUUGCUACAGCUGUUUUGUACAAUAUCCUUCUACUACAAAAAGAUGAGAUACCAUUAGAAGAAGAUAAUUUAGUUGAUAAUGAAUUGUUUGAAGAGUUACCAUCAAUUCCUACUCGACAGUUGGGAAAUGCUGCUAGAUCAAAUUUAAUAAACCAUGUGUUUUCUUAA